GACAAGCGGAGUUCUGGCAGCUGAUCUACACCUUUUUGUUUAAUAUGACCUUAGCAAAUGGGCGGCGAGUGCGCGCUCGUACGCUGUUCGGCGCUCGCAUGCCAGCCAGCCACAGCUGACGUCCCCUCUGCUAAUGAUGGUCUCGAGCGCUUACAUGUCAGCAAGGAAAGGUUCAGUGGCUGUCAACGCUGAACGGCGCGGAUUCCACCGUGGUUCCACCACAGAAAUGAGAGCUUGCAAAUGGAAUGUGACCAGGCAACGUUGCGCUUCCACGGCAAUCCGGAUUUAGUAAAAUCCUCCGCCCGGCGGUGUCACAACAAGAGUGUUACCGUAAUCGGCUUCUCCCGCGCGAGGAACACACUGUCGUUACAUUUGCCAACCCAGGUUCUUUCACCUAGCCAGUGGACGACAUCCUUGCUCUUGUCUGGACGUAUUUAUGAGCAAUGAUAUUCCAUAGCGCGACAUUCGAAAUGCAAUAAUGGAUUGCUAGUUUGACUACCACCCCCAGUUUGUCUCUCCAGCGUCGAAUAAACGUUUUUCAUUGGAUUCAUCUUUUUAUAGAAGCAUAUCAAGGAAUAUACAAUUUUGGAAAAACGAGCGUUUUGGAGAUCACAUGCCCUUCGUUCUCCACAGUUUUUUGCAUCAUGAACACGAGCGCAGUACCCUAUCAGCACGGCCCCUACGGUGACGGACGGGGCUCUGGCCCCGCCCACAUCCUCUGCUUCCGCUGCCGAGAGGUCUGCAAGGGCGAGGUGGUCCGCGUGCAGAAUGUCCAUUUCCACGUCAAGUGCUUCACCUGCCAAGUUUGCGGCUGUGACCUGGCACUCUCCGGAUUCUUCCAGAAGAAGGGCGAGUACAUCUGCACGGCGGACUACCAGCGCCUGUACGGCACGCGGUGCGACAGCUGCGGGGACUUCAUCACGGGCGAGGUGGUCUCCGCGCUGGGCCGCACCUACCACCCCAACUGCUUCGUCUGCAGCGUCUGCAGGAAGCAGUUCCCGAUUGGAGACCGGGUUACGUUCAGCGGGAAGCAGUGCGUUUGCCAGCAGUGCUCUCUCACCCUCGCCAGCGCCAGAGAGCCCGUCAAGGUCCACGGGCCCAGCCAGUGCGCAGGCUGUAAGGAGGAGAUUAAGCACGGGCAGUCCCUCCUGGCCCUGGAGAAGCAGUGGCACGUCAGCUGUUUCAAGUGUCAAACCUGCACCACCGUCCUGACCGCGGAGUACAUCAGCAAGGACGGAGUUCCGUACUGCGAGUCCGACUACCACGCCCAGUUCGGCAUCAGGUGCGAGACCUGUGAGAGGUACAUCAGCGGGCGGGUUCUGGAGGCCGGGGGAAAGCACUACCACCCUACCUGCGCCCGCUGUGCCCGCUGUAACAUGAUGUUCACAGAGGGAGAGGAGAUGUACCUGACAGGUUCUGAGGUGUGGCAUCCACUGUGCAAACAGACCUCACGGACAGAGAGGAAGCUAAAGCACCGGCGCACUUCGGAGACGUCCAUCUCACCCCCCGGCUCGAGCAUAGGCUCACCGAACCGAGUCUUCUGCGGCAAAGUGGGAAAUGAUAUCCUUAGAUACAAAGACUUCGUUGCUCUGCCGAAGGUCAAAGCUAUAUAUGACAUGGAGCGGCCUGAGCUCAUGUCCUAUGAGUCCUAUUGCAGAUUGGUGUCUGAUGACAGGCUAGAGCGCUACUACUGCGGGGAGUCCCUGGGAUCCCUCUCUCAAUACUCUCAGGACAUGUACGACAGCGCCAGUGUGGAGCUGCGACACCGCCGCUCCUCCAGCCCCGGGUUCGUCGACUCGCCCUCGUACGGGCGCCAUGGCUACCCCCCCACCUCGCCCCGCUCCCCCCGCUUGGGAAACGAGAGUGGCAGGAGCUCGCCCUACUACAGCCAGCUUGAUGCCAGGCCUAGCACUCCCACCACGUACCAGACUCCCAAACAUUUCCAUGUGCCGGCGACAGGGGAGUCCAACAUCUACAGGAGGCCCCCCAUCUAUAAGAGACAUGACGAUGACCAAUAUUCAGCCAUAAAAAGUAAGACCAGUGAUGACAUCAUGAACUGCGCCCAGUUUUCAUCCACGUACUCUCCGGACCACAUCCAGCACCCCGAAUCCAACUACUUCCCCUACACCGAGUCCCCCAAAGCUCCUCGUGCUCGAAGGUUUUCCUCGGGUGGUGAAGAGGACGGUUGGAAUCACAGUCUUAACAGAGUCCAAGGUGGGAUCGGGAGGCUUAUCCUGAAGGAGGAAAUGAAGGCCAGGUCUGGUUCCUAUAGCAACGAUCCCUGGGGCGGCUCCCGCAGUUCCCGGAGUGGCAGCAGGGAGGCGCUGCACGGCAGCAGCUACAACAACACCAUCAACGGCUCUCCUCGAUCGCAGUACAGUGCAGACAGCGACCCCUGCGUCACCGGGACGACCUCCUUGCCGGGGUACGGAAGGAACGGGCUACAGCGGCCACAAAGUGCUGAUUACUAUGACUACGACAGCAGCAGCCCAGUAAACUGGGGGAUGAGAGAGUACAAGAUUUACCCUUAUGAACAACUGGUAGUGACCACUAGAGGGCGGAUUAGACUGCCAAAUGAUGUAGACAGGACCAGGUUAGAGCGCCAUUUGUCACCGGAGGAGUUCGGCCAGGUGUUCGGGAUGACGAUCGCGGACUUUGACCGGCUGGCACUCUGGAAGAGGAACGAGCUGAAGAAGCAAGCCAGGCUGUUUUAAACGCUGCUGGGUGAGGAGGGGGGGGGGUGGGCAGCGUCUGGAUUCUGGUCCCACAGUAAAAAGCACCUGGGGAUGGGGGAGCCAGGUCCACCCUCUGCAUUUCAGAGAUGUGGAACCGCCAUGGAUCCCAAAAAAAAACUCCAGCCCGGAUACGGAGCGCUCCCGGCAGCGUUACCGUGGCAACGCGGGCUGCAUAGAGACUGCGGGGGGUCGAAGAUGUCUUUUCUAAUGUUGCUUUUUGUUUUUAGUUCAUCAGUUCAGGUGUGUCACUCCACCAAGACCAAGAAACUGCCCUGUAUGACUGUGUGGCUCUACGGGAGAGAUUAGGCCUUAUCUUUGGGCAGUAAUGUGAGCAGUCUGUUUUUAGCGUACCAGGCACAUCAUCAGAAUGUUAUAUGAUGAAACUGACCAUCACGUUGUUGUACCUCACCGGCCAGUCAACGCCCAAAAUGUAUUUGUAUGACCUCACCAUAUGCUUAUUGUUCUUCUGAUGAUUUCUGACAUAGUCUGUACUGAUGUGGCUGAUGUGAUGAGUGUGGUGUGUGAUUUUGAUUUAACCAGGGUGUGUACCAAAGUUAUAUGAAAAAAAUAUAUAAGAUGCAGUAUUUCCAAAGUGCAUAUCAAAAUUAGUUUCUGAUUAAAUUGGUUUGUGUGGAAUUGUUCUUUUUAUCCCUCAUGUUUUUUGUUGUUGUUGUUUGUUUUGUUUUGUUUUGUUUGUCUGACUCCUAAAUUACCUGCUUUUUGCUUGCAAUCAGUAUUGAACCAACAUUGAUUUCAUUCUGUAGAAUGUAUUAUUCUUCAUGAGAUUACUUUUUUUUUUCAUUGCCAUUGUGGAAAAUGUGUGAAAAGCACUUUCCACACUCAUAAUAUUUCCCCCACAGCAUUUAUAAUGGAUCGCAACAAUCAGGAAAUAUAUGCACAACUUGCUGAGUAAUGUCUUUCCUCAAUUCACUUAACUAUGUUGGGAUCUGACCCAAAACAACACUUUAUGCACAUGCCUGCAACUGUGCGUUAAUGGAGUCAUUAAAUAUUGAAUAUUUGAGUGUAUCUACAGUUCUAACGAAGGCUUUUUACAUGAUUAUUUCUCAAACUUAUUUUUAAUCAAUUAAUUUUCUUAUUUUCCUGUGUUGGGAUUUCUUUAUGAAGCACACCUCAGUCAAGCCAAAGUUACGGUUCUUUAAGCUUGUGGUAAAUGUUUUGCUGAACCACUUGAUUUAUGUUCAAUGUAUGAAUUCUGUCUUCUUUGCUUUCUCCUUCUGAAUCGCCUUUUUCUUAAUGAUGGUUGAUGCAGUAUAUUCAAGAUAAAUCUUAUUUAAGGACUUAUUAUCAAGAAACAUUUAUUACUGGAGUUUAAUUAAUUUCUGAGGUCGAAAUAUAAUGUAUUUUAGUUGCUCUAUGCAGUAAGCCAGAACUGUUAUUACGACUGCUGCCAAUAGAGAAUUUAGUUAAUAUUGUUUGCCAGUAAAGUAAUAACGAUAACUGCCAUUCUGGUGAAGCUGCUGCUUGUUAUUACGUCAUGGGACAGCAGGUUUGUCAUUGGACAUUCACCUUUCGUUCCUUUUCACGUUUAAAUCACAACUUCUCGCCAUUCACAAUAUUAACUUUCCAUAUUCGGGCAUCACCAGUGUUGUGUUGUAGAUGGUUGAGUGUAUUUAUAGGAGCAAUAUAAUUCAAUUGUUAUUUUUUGAUUACAAGUAUGAGGGGUAAAGUGGUAUUUUUAAAUUGUACAUUUUCUGUUUUGUAACUGUACAAUCAUCUCCCUGUACUUUACUUGUCAGUGCUAACAUUGGACAUAGUACGACUUUUAUUUAAAUAAAAUGCUGUAUUCACGUGUACAGUUUUUACAUG